AUCGUUGUUUCAUUCCAAUUCUCCGCCGCCGCCGCAGUAGCCGCGCUCGUUUCGAUUCGUCGAGUCCUCCCCUGCUGCAGGUAAAUGAGGGCGGCGCGGCAGUUGGUGAACGUGGUGAUGCGCACAGGCACCACCUACUCGGUGAGCCGCAUCAAGCCCGCGGAGAAGCUCUUCUACGCAUCCGUAGAGGAAGCGCGAACCGCGGCGCCGCCCAGGAAGAAGAUUCCGGCCCUGUCGAGGAUGCCCAAGCCCAAUCUCAGGCUCGAGGCGUACCGCCUGGACGACAUGCGGCUCGAUUUCCUGCCCUUGUACGGGCGGGGCGGCGGCAGCAGCAGCAGCGAGAUCCUCUCCGUGGACUCGGCAGGCCACACCAUCCUCUGCGACGCGAGCUCUGGCUGCGUCCAGCCUGCCCCCAGCCUCGGCGAGCCCAAGGGGGACAGCCCCAUCUCGUUCACCAUCGCUCGCGUCGGCAGCGCCGCCCCCGACACCAGCGUCGCCGUGGCUCUGUACGUCAUGGACAGGUUCCCCACCGGCCGCAGCUCCUGCAGCUUCGAGUCCCUCGCCUACGGCGAGAACAACUGCUGGGAGUGGAGCCGGCUCCCGCCGCCGCCCUAUGUCAACGACCCGGCCUACGACUGCACCGCUAUCCACUCCUACACGCUGCUCAAUGCAGGCUCCACCAUCUGCAUAUCCUCCUCCGGGCGCAGCCCCAUCGGGACCUACUGCUUCGACACGGCUAGCCGCCAGUGGAGUAAGGCUGGCCGCUGGGCGCUGCCCUUCUACGGCCGGGCCGAGCAUGUCCCUGAGCUUGGCAACCUCUGGUUCGGCAUGGCUGACGGCAGCCCCAACAACCUGUGCGCGUCGGACCUCUCCAGCCUCGACGGCGGGGCUCCCAGGAUGCUACGUGAGUGGCAAGUCCUCGACCCGCCUCAGGGCUGGGUGCAAAUAAGGGGCUGCCUGCUCUACCUGGGAGCCGGCAGGUUUUGCGUCAACAAAGUUUUCGACAUUGGGGACGAGGGCAGGACCAAGAGUGACAAUCAGGCUGCUGUCAUGACCGGUGUGGAGGUAGUGCAUGAUGAAACAGACCAACUACAGAUGAUCAAACACAAGUCCUGUGUCAGCUAUGCAGGCAUCCAGUGUAUCCUUUAGAUCAAUAUUAGUGGCUCCUACCAUAUGAGUUGUUUGCUUCUUUGUCUAACCAUGUUCUUAGACUGCAGCAGUUCACAGCAGCAUGUAUACUAAUUGUGCUCAGUUCCUUCUUAUAUGUAUGAUACAGUUUGCUGUUCCAACUUCAUAUGACUGUAAUCUUUAACUUUUACAUGCCAACCCCUAAAUUCAUGCCCAUGCGACCUAGAGAGACUAGUGGAGCCUGAAGGCCCAUUGUCAGCAAUGUUGGCAGGAUAUUCGCAGCUUCUCCAGGCAUGCUGCUUUCUUCUCGUCAGAAAGCCGGGC